CGCCCCCGCCCUCCCAAAGCGGGCUAUAAGUUCACACUGCUCUCGGCCUCCGCAGUGCCUGCCGCUGGGGGUCUGCACUUGGAGGGUCCUGCCAACAGUCAGAGGAGCCACUGCCACCUCCCACCAUGGCCCAGGAUCUGAUUCUGGGGAGAUGUGACCUGGAGCUGGAGGCCAAUGGCCGUGACCACUACACGGCCGACCUGUGCCGGGAGAGGCUGGUGGUGCGGCGCGGCCAGCCCUUCCGGGUGACGUUGCACUUCGAGGGCCGAAACUACGAGGCCAGUGUGGACAGCCUCACCUUCAGUGUUGUGACGGGCCCAGCCCCCAGUGAGGAGGCAGGGACCAAGGCCCGCUUCCCGCUGUCCGACGCUGUGGACGAGGGUGCCUGGACGGCCUUGGUGGUGGACCAGCAGGACAGCGCCCUCUCGCUGCAGCUCAGCACCCCAGCCAACGCCCCCAUCGGCCUGUACCGCCUCAGCCUGGAGGCCUCCACUGGCUAUGAGGGCUCCAGCUUCGUGCUGGGCCAUUUCACCCUGCUCUUCAACCCCUGGUGCCCAGCCGACGCUGUGUACCUGGACUCGGAGCAGGAGCGAGAGGAGUACGUCCUCACCCAGCAGGGCUUCAUCUACCAGGGCUCGGCCAAGUUCAUCAAGGGCAUACCCUGGAACUUCGGGCAGUUUGAAGAUGGGAUCCUGGACAUCUGCCUGAUGCUCCUGGACAUCAACCCCAAGUUCCUGAGGGACGCCAGCCGCGACUGCUCGCGCCGCAGCAGCCCCGUCUACGUGGGCCGGGUGGUGAGCGGCAUGGUCAACUGCAACGAUGACCAGGGCGUGCUGCUGGGACGCUGGGACAACAACUACGGGGACGGCAUCAGCCCCAUGUUCUGGAUCGGCAGUGUGGACAUCCUGCGGCGCUGGAAGAGCUGCGGCUGCCAGCGUGUCAAGUAUGGCCAGUGCUGGGUCUUCGCGGCUGUGGCCUGCACAGUGCUGCGCUGCCUCGGCAUCCCCACCCGCGUCGUGACCAACUAUAACUCUGCCCACGACCAGAACAGCAACCUGCUCAUCGAGUACUUCCGCAACGAGUUUGGGGAGAUCCAGAAGGACAAGAGCGAGAUGAUCUGGAACUUCCACUGCUGGGUGGAGUCCUGGAUGACCAGGCCGGACCUGCAGCCAGGGUACGAGGGGUGGCAGGCCCUCGACCCCACGCCCCAGGAGAAGAGCGAAGGGACAUACUGCUGCGGCCCAGUUCCGGUCCGUGCCAUCAAGGAGGGCGACCUGAGCACCAAGUACGACGCCCCUUUUGUCUUCGCCGAGGUCAAUGCCGACGUGGUGGACUGGAUCCGGCAGGAGGAUGGGUCCCUGCACAAGUCCGUCAACCGCUCGCUGGUGGUGGGGCUGCAGAUCAGCACAAAGAGCGUGGGCCGCGACGAGCGGGAAGACAUCACCCACAACUACAAGUACCCCGAGGGGUCCCCGGAGGAGAGGGAAGCCUUCACGAGGGCCAACCAUCUGAACAAGCUGGCUGACAAAGAGGAGACCGGCAUCGCCAUGCGCAUCCGCGUGAGCCAGAGCAUGAGCAUGGGCAGUGACUUCGACGUCUUUGCCUACAUCACCAACAACACGGCCGAAGACCACGCUUGCCGCCUCCUGCUCUGCGCCCGCACCGUCAGCUACAACGGGGUCCUGGGGCCCGAGUGUGGCGCCAAGGACCUCCUCAACCUUUCCCUGGAGCCCUUCUCUGAGAAGAGCAUCCCUCUUCGAAUCCUCUAUAAGAAAUACUGCGACUGCCUGACCGAAUCGAACCUCAUCAAGGUGCGCGGCCUCCUCAUCGAGCCCGCUGCCAACAACUACCUUCUGGCCGAGAGGGACAUCUAUUUGGAGAACCCAGAAAUCAAGAUCCGGAUCCUGGGGGAGCCCAAGCAGAACCGCAAGCUGGUGGCUGAGGUGUCCCUGCGGAACCCGCUGGCCGUGCCCCUGUUGGGCUGCACCUUCACCGUGGAGGGGGCGGGCCUGACCGAGGAGCAGAAGACCAUGGAGAUCCCGGACCCAGUGGAGGCCGGGCAGGAAGUGAAGGUGAGGGUGGACCUGCUGCCGCUGCACGUGGGACGCCACAAGCUGGUGGUGAACUUCGAGAGCGACAAGCUGAAAGCUGUGAAGGGUUUCAGGAACGUCAUCAUCGGCCCCUCUUAAGGGGUCCUCAGCCCCACGUCAGCCGACCGAGAGCCCCCGACUUGACCCCAACUUUUAUCCUAAGCUAAUGAGCAAAAUUUGCCCCUUCCUGGGCCCCAGAGUAGGAGUGGGCUGCCUGUGGGGGCUCUCUGGGAUGGCGUGUACUUCUGGCCCGUCUUGUCCCCCUGAACCUGGUUCCGCACCCCCUUUCCUGCGAGCAACGUUCUGUGCCUCCACAGUGGGGGUCCUGACUGGGCCUGUGGGGGGAGGAAGGAUCCACACCUCCCUUUCUAGCCCAGUUGCCACUUGGAAAGCCACUGACCACCCACCAUAUCUGAUCUGCUCCAGAGCCCCUUGGAGCAGACAAAAAAGAGGCAAUGUACCCAUUGGCUGGAUGGAGGGACCUGGCCCCCUAGAAUGUCCUGUAUCCCUUCCCCGGACUGUGCCCCGGGGCCCCAGGCACCCUUGGGAGAGCCAGAGCAGAUGGGGACAAGGAGGGUCCCAGGAAUAGGCCAGGCCCAAGCUCCCCCCACAUCCCAGCAGCCCUAGCCCAACCGCCCCCCACCCACCUCACCAUUAUGGGGCACUGCCAGGUGCCAGGUGCUUCCUGUACGCGCUGGUGCUCAUGUGGCCACCAGCCCAGUGAAUGGCCACAGGAAGCUGCAGAGUGGGAACUGCUUUCUCUGCGAGGAGACUGAGGCUUGGUGAUGGGAGGCGGCCCCCUCUGCACCAGCAGGCUGGUGGCUAUUUGCAAGGCUGGGUAACAUGAAGGUGCAGGAACAGAGCCUGGACCGACCUUCUGAGUCCGAGUCCAGUGCUCUGCUCGUGACACCAGCCCUGACCUGAGAAUGUCAGAGAGGCCAUUUGGGACCUGAUCCAAAAGGACCAGUUGGGGCAAAAAGGUGGGGAGGAGACUGGAGAGAUCAGAGCCCUGGGUUCAAGCCCCAAGUCCGGCUGGCCACUGCCUUCCCCUGUCUGGGCCCAGUGUCCUCACUGGUCAAAGGAGUGGUUGAACCAGCUCAUCUCCAAGGCCCCCCCAUUUUGUACUUCUGAUGCAUUGUGUGACCCAGUCUUGCAAAUGACAGCGAGUCCGGCUCCCUGGCUGCACAGAGCCUUAGCCCACAGGCCUAGGAUGUUUCUGAGCACGCAGCCAUGACGACGACCACUCUCCUGCCCCCAGCCGUGUCCAGGUCCCCUACCUGUGCCCAGGCACCUUCCUUCAGACCCCAGUUGUGGAGUAAACGAGCCCCGGAGGCCCCUGUCCUACCCGUGAGCCUGCCCGCCACAACGCCUCGACUUCACCUGGGCCUUAGCUGCUGUGCUGGUCACUAACCAACAAGGUCGGCACCUCAGCACCCCCUCUUUGCAGGGCCCGGGCCCUGGAACACAGCCGGCCUUUGCCCCUGACUAAGCCUGGGGAGCCCACGAGAUGUCAUCUCUGACUUAACCCCCGCCCCCUCCACGUGGCUGGGCCUCCCUCACGCCAGCAGAGGGAAGGAGGGGGAAUUCUCUACCUGGGGUGAGGUCGCAGCCUCCAGGGCCCCCACAUCCCAGAGAGGGAAGUGGGGAAGCCACGCUGAUGCACUUAGAGCUUUCUGCUUCGCAGGGGAAAGAAUCACAAAGUGAGCCAACGUGGAUACGUUCUGUACAAAUACAGCUCUAUUUCUCUGGUUUCAUAAACGCUUUUGGGUUCCAAGUAGGCAGUAGGUGUGCCUUUGAGCCACAAGGAGCGAGCACUGAAAUAAAAAAAUUUAUUUUUCACAUUCAAA